AUGGCAGAGUUCUUCGGCGGCAUGAUGGAGGAGAAGGCCGCCGUAGGCCGUGUGCGGAUCUUUGGGGUCGAUGCGAGGGCGUUCAAGGCCAUGCUGCACUUCAUGUCCACCGACUCGUUGCCUGAGAUUGAUGAAGACGACAAGAUACCGAUGGCUCAGCAUCUGCUUUGUAGCUGCAGACAGAUAAGAUAUCCAGAGAUUGAAACUCAUCUGUGA